CUGCUUCACCAGUAUUGCUCGUCUUGGAUGGUCAUUCGAGUCAUACAAGAAAUAUUGAGCUUGUUGAUUUGGCUAGGGAAAAUCACGUAUCUAUCGUAUCCAUCCCUCCACACUCAAGUCACAAAAUACAGCCGCUAGAUAAAACUUUCAUGGGACCUCUUAAGAGUUAUCUUUCGGAAGAAAUACGUGUUUGGGUGCGUUCGAACGGCAGAGCUUUGACACACUUCGAUAUGGCAGAGCUAUAUGGAAAGGCCUAUUUGCUAGUUCAGAGUGGGGAAAUCGCAAUUAAUGGAUUUCGCACAACCGGUAUAUUUCCUUUCAACCGGUAUAUAUUUCGCGACGAUGAGUUUUUAGCUGCCGCUGAUGUAGCAUCGCAUUCUCCUCCUCGAGAGUCUGAAAGCACUUACGAAGUACCAGAGGAAAUACUAAGUAACGAAACCAUUGUAGAGAGUCCGCAUCCAAUAAGCGAUAUUUGUAAUGAAAAUGUAAAUCGUUCAGUUCUAAGCGAAUCGGAAACCACGUCUAGGGUCAUAACACCGAUGGAAAUAUCUCCGGUUCCUAUAAAAAAAACAAAGUCUUCCAAUCAUGGCAGGCCAGCAGGAAAGUCCACGUUGAUAACAUCUUCGCCUUAUAAAAAAUCUUUAAAAAUUUCAUUGGAGAAAGCAUCGGAAAAGAAACCUCUAAGAAAUACUAACAGACGCCAGGAUAUUGAUUCGAAUGAACCCAGUUCUUCCAAGGGAAUUAUCAAAAAACUAAAUUUUGCGAAAGGAAAGUGUACAGGAAAAAGGAAGAAAACAAAUUCCUCAUCCUCCUCGGACUUGGAUGACAAUUACAGUGUCCGAGACGACUCUGACGGUGAAAUUGUAGAAUUUGUAAACGCAGCUGAGAAAGAGGAUGCGAA